ACAGACUUAUAGAGAGAGAAAGAGAGAACGAAGAAGAAGACGAAGAGGAGAGAUCUUUCCAUCGUUCUCAGACGUCUCACCAUUAAAACUGUGUAGAUCUUUCUCUCCAUCAUCUGUGGCAGCUCACUUUGACUUAAAGAAGAAGAAAAGGAGGUCACAUUCAUCCAUCUCCCUUUCUCUCUCUACAUCUGCUUCAAUCUCACUUGCUUAAAGCGUCAACCGAAUUUACAAUGUUCUUCGCUUUAGUGCUUAUCACCAUGUGACUUCUGACAGAUUCCUCAUCCGCAUUCAUAUUAUUCAUGUCCAUCUCUCAAGUCUUCUUUCUAUAGUUAUUUUUCUUACUACUCAAUGGCGGCCUCUACCUCUGGGGGAAGAAGCACUUCACCGUCACAGCACCGGAGGCAGUCAUCUUCUUCAUCCUCUUCAUCGUCAUUGAUGAAUAGCCGCUUCAUUCCUCCAUCCUAUUCGUCUUCUGCCACUCCAUUUGUAGGCACCGAAAGCGCGUACAGCUCUAGAUCCGAGACACCUAGUCGGCAUCUGAAUGAUUCGAUGUAUCCGACAGGGUACGAAGAGCGGUCCACAGUUGAUUUUGCAACGGCGGAUGAUUUCAUUGAGGAACCACUGGACGCUCCAACACAGGGAGCAGAUAGCAUUUCAGUCACGAUUCGGUUUCGACCGCUGAGUGAAAGGGAAUACCAGAGGGGAGAUGAAAUUGCUUGGUCUCCAGAUGGCGAUAAAUUAGUGCGAAAUGAAUACAAUCUAGCAACUGCUUAUGCUUUCGACAGAGUAUUUGGACCUAAUGCAAUUACUCCAGAAGUAUAUGAAGUGGCUGCUAGACCAGUAGUAAAAGCUGCAAUGGAAGGCAUAAAUGGAACUGUUUUUGCCUAUGGAGUUACAAGUAGUGGGAAGACGCAUACAAUGCAUGGUGAUCAAACAUCUCCAGGCAUAAUACCCCUAGCAAUAAAAGAUGUGUUCAGCAUCAUCCAAGAUACUCCAGGCCGAGAGUUUCUUCUUCGAGUAUCAUAUCUUGAAAUCUAUAAUGAGGUGAUAAAUGAUUUGCUUGAUCCAACGGGGCAAAAUUUGCGAGUUCGCGAAGAUGCACAGGGUACUUAUGUUGAGGGUAUUAAGGAAGAAGUAGUUAUGUCCCCUGGUCAUGCUCUUUCCUUUAUUGCAGCUGGUGAAGAGCAUCGGCAUGUUGGUUCAAAUAAUUUUAAUCUAUUCAGUAGUCGUAGUCACACCAUAUUUACGCUGAUGAUUGAAAGUAGUGACCAUGGUGAUGAAUAUGAUGGGGUGAUCUUUUCUCAGCUUAAUUUGAUUGAUCUGGCUGGAUCGGAGAGCUCAAAAACUGAAACAACAGGGCUGAGGAGAAAGGAAGGAUCUUACAUAAACAAAAGUCUGUUGACAUUAGGAACGGUAAUUGGGAAACUGAGUGAAGGAAGAGCAUCGCAUGUCCCAUACAGAGACUCCAAACUCACUCGCCUCCUACAAUCGUCCUUGAGUGGCCAUGGUCAUGUUUCACUUAUUUGUACAGUCACUCCAGCAUCAAGUAAUAUGGAAGAAACUCACAAUACAUUGAAGUUUGCUAGCAGAGCAAAACAUGUUGAGAUAUAUGCCUCACGCAAUAAGAUUAUUGAUGAAAAGUCUUUGAUUAAGAAAUAUCAAAGAGAAAUAUCAACCCUCAAAGAAGAACUUGACCAUCUCAGGAGGGGAAUGAUUGCUGGUGUCAGCCAUGAGGAGGUCAUAAUCUUAAGGCAACAGUUGGAAGAGGGUCAAGUAAAGAUGCAGUCAAGAUUGGAGGAAGAAGAAGAAGCAAAGGCUGCUUUGAUGAGUAGAAUCCAGAGACUCACCAAGCUCAUACUUGUUUCCUCAAAAAGCACAAUUCCUGCUUUGAAUGAUGUGCCGGGCCAUCAACGUAGUCUUUCUGCAGAGGAUGAUAAACUUGAGAUUCUACGUGAUGGUUUGCUCUUAGAUAGUGAAAAUCAAAAGAAUUCCUUGUCUUCUACAUUUUCAAAUGAAUUUAAACACAGACGAUCUUCGAGCAAGUGGGCAGAUGAUCUAUCAGCAGCAGGGAUUACAGUUACUGAUGCAACUCAAAGGGGUGAGCUUCCUAAUGAUGUAAUGACAAUGUCAGAUGAAAUGGAUCUUCUUGUUGAACAAGUUAAGAUGCUUGCCGGUGAGAUAGCAUUCAGCACUAGUACGCUAAAACGUCUCGUGGAACAGUCUGUCAAUGAUCCUGAUGGAUCAAAAGUACAAAUUCAAAAUAUGGAACGUGAGAUACAAGAGAAAAGGAGGCAGAUGCAAGUUCUGGAACAGCGUAUUAUAGAAAAUGGUGAAGCCUCAGUUGCUAAUGCUUCACUGGUUGACAUGCAACAGACAGUCAUGAGAUUGAUGACUCAAUGUAAUGAAAAAAGUUUUGAACUCGAGAUAAAAUCUGCAGAUAAUAGAGUCCUUCAGGAACAAUUGCAUGACAAGUGUGCCGAAAACAAGGAAUUGCAAGAUAGAAUAGUUAUUUUACAACAACAGCUGGCAUCUACAACUCGUGACAAGUUAUCGUCUUUUGAAGAGAGUGUUCCCGAAGGAUUUCUUCAAAACUUGAAAAAGAAAAUUCAGUCUCAGGAAAUUGAGAAUGAGAAGAUGCAGUUAGAACGAGUCCAGAUACUGGAAGAGAACAGUGGGUUGCGUGUGCAAAACCAGAAAAUAUCUGAAGAAGCUUCAUAUGCAAAAGAACUAGCAUCUGCUGCUGCUGUAGAGUUGAAGAAUUUAGCUGGAGAAAUCACAAAGAUCUCUCUGCAGAAUGGAAAGCUGGAAAAAGAGUUAGCGGCUGCCAAAGAAUUAGCACACUCUAGAGGCGCUUCCAUGAUGAAUGGCAACAACAGGAAGCAUUCGGACAGUUACAGUAGGUCUGGAAGAAGAGGCCGUGCUUCUGGUCGACCUAAUGGCGGUUAUUCACUAUCAACAUCAUACGAUGAUUUCGAUAAUUGGGAACUUGACCCAGCUGAUAUGAAAAUGGAGUUGCAGGCAAGAAAACAGAGGGAGGCAGUCCUGGAGUCUGCAUUAGCUGAGAAAGAAAUGGUUGAAGACGAAUAUAGGAAAAAAGUAGAAGAAGGUAAGAAAAGGGAGUCUGCUCUGGAAAAUGAUUUAGCAAACAUGUGGGUGCUUGUUGCACGGCUGAAAAAAGAAAGUGCAGCUGCUGCAGCUACCGCUGCUGCUGCCGCUGCUGCUGCCGCACCCCCUCAGUUGAUGACCACAAUUGAUAGAGUUGCAGAUCGAACCGACCAAAAUGUAGACGCAAAAGCUGAGGAGACCAAAACCAAUGAUAAUAAUACUGUACUCAAAGAGGUGCAAGUUAAUGAUGCUAUUAUAAAACCAGUUCAAGAAAUUUCCAAGGAGGAAUCUCUCGUAGUUCGUCUAAAGGCGCGUAUGCAAGAAAUGAAGGAGAAGGAGCUUAAAUACGCAGGUGGUAAUGGGGAUGCAAAUUCGCAUGUAUGUAAAGUAUGCUUUGAAUCACCAACAGCAACAAUGCUUCUACCCUGCCGCCAUUUUUGUUUGUGUAAAUCUUGUUCGCAAGCCUGUUCCGAGUGUCCAAUUUGUCGCACAAAGAUCACAGAUAGGAUUUUUGCUUUCACUUAAAAAUUAAAUUAUUCGUGGCUACUGGCUACCACCCAUCUGAACUGAAAGGAAUUCUUAUCUUUUUAAUUAUUUGUAAUUUCUGCGGUUGUUGGUUGGUUGGUUGUAUGCUGUUGUAUGUAAACGCGGAAAGGUAUUUGCUUCUCUUCUUCACAAGGGGUUUGUAAAAAUAACAGCUAGUUAAAAAGUGAAUUAUAUUAUUCAUACUUCUCUAGUAGAAGUAAACAUGGAAUAGAGUGAUCUUAUUGAAGAACAACACACCUCAUCUUGAAGUUCUAAUUGUUUCAUGUCUUUUCAA